AGUUCUGCUUUCAUCUCCUCCUCUCCACCCUCCUCGACAUUUCGGUUGUAUGUAUAUUCAUACAUGAGAAACGGAACACCUUCACCAACUUAGGUUCCUGAACACGUCUGUAUAGGUUUUUUUUUGUUCUUCUCAUCAUUAGUAAAUUCGUGUAGAAACUUAGGUACAUUCCCCCCCUCUCCACCCCUUUUUUUUCUUUUUCCAGCUUUCAUAGCUCUUCGCCGAAAAGGUGAAGCCACACACACACACACACUUACACCAACACCAAUCAUGAACGUGAAUGAAGGAAACACCGGCCGCAGGGUCCUCAUAGCGGAUUUACCCAUGAUGUGGCCAAGCGACUUCCGCCGCUUUGAAAAGGAAGGCGGCGUGUGGGGGCGGCAGUUGCGGCAGCGUCGCCGCCAGCUGACCUUCGCGCUGUCCUUCUCGGCGAUGUCAACGCUGCUAGGCUCGUGGUAUGUCCUGGUGCGGCGCAGGAACACCUACUUCGUGCUCUUCUCCACCUUUUCGGGCUUCUCCGUGCUGGGCUUCUGCAUUGGCAUGUCACUGGCCCCGUUGUGGUACGAGAAUGUGGCGAACAACAAGGAGACGUCGAUGAUGCGUCGGGUGUGGUGGGCGAAGGAGUGUGCGCAGAAUUGGGACUACUCGCAGGUGAACGAGGAGCGCUGGCGCGCGGCGUACCCGAAGGCGGUGUACCCAUACAAGAAGGUUGAGUAA